CUAUUGUUUAUAAUGGUCAAUCUGUCCUGACCCUUCUGGCUGGAGUUACCAGGCACGGAUACCGGCGAGUAGGGAUUCAUGUCGGCCCCAGGAAGGAUGUCCUCUGUCUAGAGAGACCCGGAGAGGAGGUAAUGGGAUGGUGGAGAGGUAGAAGGAAGCCGAGGAAGGAGAGAAGAAUGGAUCAUAAAUGCUUCCAGAACACGUGAACAAUGAGGACAUCUAUAGGGUGAGGUCUAUUCUACUGCCGCGCUUGUACGAUUGCUAAUUUCAAUAGUAAUUCGUGCCUCCAAGAUGACAACAAACGUGAGCUGGAAGCCAUGAAGUCCCACACAUUUCCAACUGUAUUAACCCCGAUUUUUGCUUUGUCUAGAUUCAACUGAUCGCUUGAACGACGGAACCGGAACCACUCCGAUAGCAUGGUCCCUGCUCAGAUUCAACAAUCAUUGAAUACCUAUGAGGCCACAGACAGUGCAAUGAGAAAUCGGGUACGGAAAUUCGCCAGCGGUGUGCGAAAAACUGAGCAACCGCUCGGUAGGGUUAAUGAGCUGCUGGCAUCGGCGGCAGCACGAAUGGGAGCAGUAGGUGAGGAACGUUGAGGAGACAGCCAUCCUCACUGGUUUUGGUAUUCGCGGCGAAUGCCUUCCGGACUGUUUAUAACAGGUCCUUCGAGUGACUUGUAUCACUGGGGCUUAUGGAUUUUCACUUUGCUGAUAUAUGCGCCUUUUGAGUUAAGAGUCCCCAUGCGAUCUACAUCGACAUGUUUGGA